AGGGUGAUCAGCUCUUCCGAUGACGAAGUGGAGGGCGUGACAGUGCCCCCGUGACCCUACGGAAACUCAACAGGAAGAACGAUUACGAAACGGGGGAGAGGAGGAGUAAUCAUUAAAUGAGAGUGAAAGGUGGAGGAAGGGAAACGACCGGGAAGGAGGGAAUGUGACGUCACGAAAGCAACAGAAAUGCCACGAGAUAUAGUCGCGUAAGGAAGUGAAUGGGUAAAAGACGGAAUCUUCAUUACGUAGUCUGCGAGGAGGUCAGCUUGUCUGCUCGAAAUGGUGGCAGAGUGGAAUAUAUGAGUAAACUUCGUUAAAAUAAUCUGAUGAUAUUUUUUUCAAAAAAAUUGAAAGUGAAUUUGUUGACGGAAUGAAACAUCGAAAAAACACUGGAACGAAUCCAAACCAGUCAGUGAGAGCCAUCUGUUGGAGAAUUGAAGAAAUACAAUCAUGUAAAGGGAAAUAACUUCUACAACACUUAAACCAAGCACCAAAUUAAAUUAUUAGUUAGGGGCCGUUAAUUACCGGGCACUGACUUGCAGUUUAUGUCCGAAUGCGAAUAUCACGACAUGUUGAUGUGAAAGAAAUGCCUUCAUUCAAAUGUGCAUUUGAUAUUUUUACCAACUAAAGGAAGACAAUAUAUUUAUAAGUAGCAUUCAUCGAUAGAUCGACCUCUUUAUAUAAAUAUUCUCUCAUAAUGAAUAGUUUAACUAAACCAGAAAACCCUGAGACAAGUGAGAAACCAUAUUCUUGUGAUGUCUGCGGUAACUCGUUCUCUCGAAGGAGUUACUUGACUUGUCAUAUACGUACACAUACAGGAGAGAAGCCAUAUCGUUGUGAUAUCUGUGGUAAGCCAUUCUCACACAGGACUGCCUUAACCAAACACAAACGGACACAUACAGGGGAGAGGCCAUAUCAUUGUGAUAUCUGUGGUAAAUCAUUCACUGAAAAUGGUUGCUUGACUAAACACAAACGCAUUCAUACAGGAGAGAAGCCAUAUCAUUGUGAUGUCUGUGAUAAAUCAUUCUCUCGUAAUAGUCAUUUGACUAAACACAAGCGUAUUCAUAGAGGAGAGAGACCAUAUCAUUGUGAUGUCUGUGGUGAAUCAUUUUCGGAAAGCAGUCACUUGACUCGGCACAUGCGUAUUCAUACAGGUGAGAAGCCAUAUCACUGUGAGAUCUGUGGUAAAUCAUUCUCUAUAAGCAGUAACUUAAUUAAACACCAUCGCAUUCAUACAGGUGAGAAGCCAUAUCAUUGUGAAAUCUGUGGUAAAUCAUUCGCUAUAAAUAGUCAUUUGACUAGUCACAAACGCAUUCAUACUGGGGAAAAACCAUUUCACUGUGAUACCUGUGGUAAAUCAUUUUCUGAAAAUAGCACUUUAACCAAUCACAAACGUGUUCAUACAGGUGAGAAACCAUAUCACUGUGAUUUCUGUGGUAAAUCAUUCUCUUGUAACAGUCACUUGUCUAGUCACAAAUGUGUUCAUACUGGAGUAAACCCAUAUCAGUAUGAUAUCUGCGAUAAAUCAUUCUCUCAAAUUAAUCCCUUGAAUAAUCACAAAACUACACAUACAGGAGAGAAGCCAUAUUGUUGUGAUAUCUGUGAUAAAUCAUUCUCUGAAAAUAGUAAUUUGGCUAAACACAAAUGCUUUCAAAAUGGGGAAAAACGAUAUCACUGUGAUAUAUGUGAUAAAUCAUUCACUGCAAACAGUCGGUUGACUAAACACAAGCGAGUUCAUACAGGAGAGAAGCCAUAUCAUUGUGAUAUCUGUGGUAAAUCAUUUUCUGAAGGUGGUAACUUGAAAAGGCACAAAUAUAUUCAUACAGGUGAGAGGCCAUAUUGCGAUAAAUCAUUCACUGAAAAUGGUGAUGUAACUAAGCGCAAAUGUUUUCUUACAGGCAAGAAAACUUAUAGCUGUGGAAUAUGCGGCAGAUCAUUCUCUGAAAAUGAUAAUUUUACUGAACACAAAUGCUUUCAUACUGGGGAAAAAGUAUACGAUUGUGAUACCUGUGGUAAAUCAUUUUCUAAUGCCAGUUACUUGAAAAGGCACAGACGUAUUCAUACAGGUGAGAAGCCAUAUCAUUGUGAUAUUUGUGGUAAAUCAUUCUCUGAAAAUAGUAAUUUUUCUAAACACAAACGCAUUCAUACUGGGGAAAGACCGUAUCACUGUGAUAUCUGUGGUAAAUCAUUCUCUGAAAGAGGUGAGUUGAAUAAACACAAGCGUAUUCAUACAGGAGAGAAACCAUAUCAUUGCGAUAUCUGUGGUAGAUCAUUUUCUGAUGCCGGUAACUUGAAAAGGCACAAGCUUAUUCAUACAGGUGAGAAGCCAUAUCUUUGCAAUGUCUGUGGUAAAUCAUUCACUAAAAAUGGUGAUUUUACUAAACACAAAUGCAUUCAUACUAGCGAAAAACGAUAUGACUGUGAUACCUGUGGUAAAUCAUUUUCUAAUUCCAGUUACUUGAAAAGGCAUAAACGAAUUCACACAGGAGAGAAGCCAUAUCAUUGUGAUAUCUGUGGUAAAUCAUUCUCCGAAAACAGUAAUUUUACAAAACACAAACGCAUUCAUACCGGGGAAAGACCACAUGAAUGUGAUACCUGUGGCAAAUCAUUCUCUGAAAGAGGUGAGUUAAUUAAACAUAAGCGCAUUCAUACAGGUGAAAAACCAUAUCAUUGUGACACCUGUGGUAAAUCAUUCUCUCAAAAAAGUCACUUAAAUACACAUCUGAGUAUUCACACACAAGUAUAACUGUAUCAGUUUUAAAAUUUAUUACGACAACAGUUAUGACCAUUUUGUCUGUUAAAAGACGGUUUUUUUCCCUCUUCAAAUUUGACGUUGUCAACUUCAAUUAAAUCAGUGUCAACAUGAAAUUCAUCAACUUCAAUAUCGUAUAUAUAUAUAUAUGUAAAUUUAUAAGCUCAGUGAUGACUUUAAUUGCUGAAGAUGGUUGUGCUGGAUUUUUGAGGAGUUUGUUUUGAGAGAAUAAAGAAAUAGGAAUAACGAAUAAAAGAUUAAAUUGUU